AUGAGUGAUUUUGCUAAAUCGCAGCUUGAGAAGUUUGGUUGGGUUGCAGACACGUCUGGGAACCAAUGGUGGAAUUCAGUUUACAACCAAGCAUUGAAUAACAUCAACGUUGACAGUUCAUCAGAAAACAAGCCAGUCUUUAAAGUAACUAAGAGCAACGCGGUUGAAAUAGCUGCUGCAAAGCUUAAUAUAAACAUAGGAAAUUCCAAAAAAUCUAAGGACGGCUUAGUAUACGGAAAUUUUGUAAAAACUUCUACGUUAGAAGGGUCCAAAGAAGUCCAGAGUGCUUCCCAAAAAAAGCUGAGUGCCAAGAAAGAUGAUCCGGUGAUGUUCAAGGACUUUAUUGUCGACGAUGAUAAAUUAUUCAAGGCGUGUGGCGGCAGGACUGCACACAAGGGUGCUCGGCAUGGUCUCAAGCUCAGUGGAAAGUUGGCCAGGAUUCAACAGCAGGAGCUGUAUUUUGCCAAUCUUGCGGAAGUUAAAAGUGGCAAGAAGAGAGCACAUAUUGGCUGUACUGCUAAUGGUCUUGUUGUUAAGGAAAAACCUCCAGAGCUUGUUGAUGAUGCAUUAGACAAUAAAUUGAACGAUGAAGAUGAUCAGUACAAAUCUGUGUCGAAGAAAAGUAGCAGAAAAUUAAAGCGCAAACUAGAAGAUUUGAGCCAUAAAUUAUCCAGCUCACUUUGUCUUGAAGAGACAAAUGAUAAUGGUAAAAAAAAUAAAAAUAAAAUACAUGUGGAGCCUCAAUGUUCUGAGAAAGAUGCUGAUGUUGGUUUCAAAAGGAAAAAGAAGAAGAAGAAAGAGAAAAAGGAAAUUAUUGACUGUGAAUUUCUGAAUCAUAAAAUUGAAAAGAAGAAAAAAAAGAAACAUAAGAAAAAAGAGAAAGCUAAGCUGGAAUUGGUCUCUAAGAAUUUAACAAACUUUGAUGAAAUUGUUAAUAAUGUAUCUGAGAGUUUGGUUAAAGUUAAAAUUGAUAAAAAGAAAACUAAAAAAUAA